UACCUUCUUGUUCCAGCCCUCUUCCUUUUGACAAGCGCUGUAUAAUCCACACGUCACAAGGACCGGCAAUCAAGCUACAUACAAUAAGUGAUAUUUUCGUUAAAGAACGCCAAAAAUGUCUAAGCGAAGUGUAGCAAAAAAAGAUGAUCGCGAGAAAAUUAACGUCCGAGAAAGGCUCACCGAUAAUGUGUUAGAUUUGAGUUUAAUGAAUAUUUCGAUAAUUCCCGUGAACGAUAUUAAACCUCUGAAGCGUGCCACUGUUUUAGAUUUAUCAAGCAACGUUAUAUUUGCAAUAAAUAGUGAUUUUACAACACUUGUACAGUUAACAAAGUUGGACUUGAGCAAUAACAAAAUCCGGCAAAUCUCCGAUGACUUCGGAAAUCUUAUCAAUCUGCGGCAUUUAGAUCUGUAUAACAAUCACAUCGAACGCCUUCCGCUGAGCUUCGGUCGUCUUAAGAAACUCAAGUAUUUAGAUCUAAAAAAUAAUCGGCUCAAUCCCGUGUUUUCAAAGAUAAUAGGCACUUGUACCGACCAAAAGGAUUGCAUGGAAGCAGCAAAAAAAGCUGUUGCAUUUAUGGUGGAUAUAGAGCAACAGGUGCUGGAAGAACGCCGUAAAGAGAAAGAAGCGAAGGAGCAUGAAGUACAGCAAGAGCAAGAUAAGGGACUCAAGGAAUCUAAGCAGACUGAUAAGCCUAAUACGGAAAAGAAAAAGAAAAAUAAAAACAAGAAAUCCAAGAUUGAGAAUACACAACUAGCGGAAGUUCAAAAAGACAAAACGGCGUUGAAUAAAACGAACAGUCAUACAGUUAAACAGAAAACAGUAGCUGAUAAGAAAACAGGCAAUAGAGUGAUCCGUUAUGUUCUAAUCCUGGGAGCUAUCGCCGCAAUUUUAUUAUUAGUCAAUUAUUUUCUGUUUUCUGACUUGUUAAACGAAAUUUUUGGACAGAACUAUUCUAAUUUGAUGGAAGAAUACAUUAAGUAAAUUGAUCUAAGCAUAUACAAAAACAACACAAACAAAUAAACAUUAUAGUGAAUUUAUAA